UCAGGUGACUUCUGUGAUGUGAACCAUUGUCAGAAUGGGGGCACCUGCCUUACUGGGAUUAAUGAAACCCCCUUCUUCUGCAUCUGCCCCGAGGGCUACGUUGGGAUUGACUGCAAUGAGACAGAGAAAGGCCCGUGCCACCCCAAUCCUUGCCACAACAAUGGCGAGUGCCAGCUGGUCCCGAACCGGGGGGAUGUUUUCACCGACUACAUCUGCAAGUGCCCUGCAGGGUACGAUGGGGUGCACUGCCAGAACAACAAGAACGAGUGCUACUCCCAGCCUUGCAAAAAUGGAGGCACCUGCCUGGACCUGGAUGGUGACUACACCUGCAAGUGUCCUUCUCCGUUCUUGGGGAAGACCUGCCAAGUCCGCUGUGCUGUUCUCCUGGGAAUGGAGGGAGGAGCCAUCUCCGAUGCCCAGCUCUCCGCAUCCUCUGUCUACUAUGGCUUCCUUGGCCUCCAGCGGUGGGGCCGGGACCCCCCCCGCCUCAACAACCAUGGCAUUGUCAAUGCCUGGACCUCCAGCAACUACGACAAGAACCCCUGGAUCCAGGCCAACCUGCUGCGGAAGAUGCGGCUGAGCGGGGUCAUCACGCAGGGCGCGCGCCGCGUGGGCCAGCAGGAGUACGUCCGGGCCUACAGGGUGGCCUACAGCCUGGACGGGCGGGAGUUCACCUUCUUCAAGGACGAGAAGCAGAAUGCAGACAAGGUUUUCCAGGGGAACACAGACUAUGGCACCAUGCAGACCAACAUGUUCAACCCUCCCAUCACGGCCCAGUUCAUCCGCAUCUACCCGGUGAUGUGCCGCCGUGCCUGCACCCUGCGCUUUGAGCUGAUCGGCUGUGAGAUGAACGUCUAUUUCAACACGGCAGGUUGCUCGGAGCCUCUGGGCAUGAAAUCCCGCCUGAUCUCCGACCAGCAGAUCACAGCCUCCAGCGUCUUCAAGACCUGGGGCAUCGACGCCUUUACCUGGCACCCCCAUUAUGCUCGGCUGGACAAGACGGGCAAAACCAACGCCUGGACGGCACUCCACAACGGCCAGGACGAGUGGCUGCAGAUCGACCUCCGGGACCAGAAGAAGGUGACGGGCAUCAUCACACAAGGAGCCCGUGACUUUGGGCACAUCCAAUAUGUGGCAGCCUACAAGGUGGCCUACAGUGACAAUGGCACGUCCUGGACCCUCUACCGGGAUGGCCAGACGAACAGCACCAAGAUCUUCCACGGUAACAGUGACAACUACUCACACAAGAAGAACGUGUUUGACGUGCCCUUCUACGCCCGCUUCGUCCGCAUCCUGCCCGUGGCCUGGCACAACCGCAUCACCCUGCGCGUGGAGCUGCUGGGCUGCGACGAGUAGGAGCCUGGGGAGG